CUGCCCCACCCUGUGUGAGAGGGGGAGAUAAACAAGUCCAACUGGUUAUAGAGAGAGAGGAGCUUUCAGUUUGGUUUCUUGUUCCUGAUUCCAGCGAUGGCGGCUGCUGAUCUGAGAGACGAGCUGAGCUGCUCCAUCUGUACCAGCAUUUAUACUGAUCCGGUAUCCCUGCCCUGUGGCCAUAACUUCUGCCGGGGCUGCAUUGUGAGAACAUGGGACACCCAGGAGGAGACUUUCCGUGAAAAUCCUUCCUGCCCUGAAUGCAGACAGAGAUGUCAAAGGAGAACUGAACUGGCAACAGACUGGAAGCUGCGUGGCAUGGUGGAGCGGUUCUGUCCGACUGAGACUGGGAUCUUCUGCACUUACUGUCUCCUCUCUCCUGUACCUGCUGCUAAAUCCUGUCUCCUGUGUGAGGCUUCUCUGUGUGAUACCCACCUGAGGGGGCACUGCCAGUCAGCAGAACAUGUACUCACUGAGCCCACCGCUUCCUUUAUGGGGAGAAAAUGUUCUGUACACAAUGAGCCCCUAAAGUAUCACUGCUAUGAGGACUCUGCCUGUAUCUGUGCGUCCUGCUGCCUGGCUGGGGGGCACCGGGGCCACAGGGUGGAGCUGCUGAGUGAGGCCUCUGAGAAGAAGAAAGAGAAACUGAGGAAAGUUCUGGAGAAACUGAGCCCAGAGAGAGAGGAGACUGAGAGAGGAGCCCAGAGGCUGCAGGAGCGCAGGAGAGAAGUGGCAGAAGCGGCAGCUGGUGAGAGAAAGAGAGUCACUGCCAUGUUUAGGGGCAUCAGGGAAGAGCUGGAAGCCCUAGAGAAGCGACUCCUGAGUGACAUCUCCAGGCAGAAAGAGGAGAUCUCACUCACACUCACUGAGCUGAUCCAACAGCUGGAAAUAAAGAAGGAUGAGCUGUCCAGGAAGAUCCGUCACAUUGAGGAGCUGUGCAACAUGGCAGAUCCACUCACUGUCCUACAGGAACAAUGGGAAUCCCAUGGAGCUGCCUUUUGUGGGGCUGAGGGGGCAGAUACUGAGGGCAGAAAGAGAGAGGGUAGUGAGGGGGCAGAUAAUGAGGGCAGAGAGAAAGAUAAUACAUUAGUUUCAUUCUUUUCUUCUUUUAUGCCUUGGAGAAAAAAUAAAAAGAAGACACAGAUCUAUACAGACAGGAUAAAAGAAAGAGAGGAUACUGAGGGGGCAGAUAAUGAGGGCAGAGAGAGAAGGGGUAUAAAGGUCCCGGCUGUAGGGGAUCUGGAUGUGGGUCGGAUCUCAGAGACAUUACUCACAGGCUUAGCUGGGAUUGUGACUGGGGUAGAGGGAAGGAUCCCUGGGCAGGAGGCUACAGAGCUGGUACUGGAUAUAAACACGGCUGGGGAUCGUGUAUCUGUAUCAGGGGACGGGAAAUCUGCCUCCUACUCACUUACAGACCAGCGUCGCCCACAAACCCCAGAGAGAUUUCAGUAUUCUCAGGCUUUAAGCAGCAGGAGUUUCCCCUCAGGGCGACAUUACUGGGAAGUGGAGGGCAGUGAAUCAGGGAACUGGGGGGUAGGGGUGGCCUAUCCCAGUAUAGAGAGGGGAGGGCACAAGUCUAGGAUUGGUUAUAAUAACAAGUCCUGGGGUUUGUACAGAUGGGAUAAUAAUUACUAUACAGUGACACAUGACAGGAAAGUCACACAGUUACCCCACGUCCCUUCCUGCAGGAGAAUCAGGAUCUCAUUGGACUAUGAGGCCGGACGCCUGUCCUUUUAUGAGCUGAGUGAGCCAAUCAGGCACUUACACACCUUCACUGCCUCCUUCACUGAGCCCCUUCAUGCUGCAUUCUGGGUAGGAGGAGGUGCCUGGGUGAGAAUCAUGAGUUAGGGCCCCACCCACUGCCCAGCAGGAACCCCAUUCCCAGAGCUGCCCUUAGCCCUGUGAUGCCAGGAAAGGAAGGGGGUGCAGGACUCAGUGACUGGGGUGCCAUUAUAACUACACAAUACAGUGGGUGCAGGGUGCAUAGAUGUGUAUAUGUGUAAUUACUGCAGGGAAGCAGCUCUGACUCACACAGGGGGUUAUUAUAUUGGGGUGAAACCCCCCAAACUGUUCUUUGGCUUCAGCUGAUUCUUCUUAUUCUUAGCGCUCCCCGUUUUCUAAACGCUACUCCUCCUACAGUUUUAGGGGUACAACACC